AUGUCCCGCGUACCCGGUCUACCCACAAACGUCGAUGGUCAUUUGCGAGUAUUUGAUAAACCGGAGACGAGCGUUGUGCGCAUAUUUUACUGUUUACGCGACACGCGGGCGCUGGAACGUACGACCUGUUUUAGGGUAAAACGGUCGUGACCGAAAUAAAAUUGAAACUGUUAAGUCAACCGACUCGAUUUAACCGAUCAAAUACCGACUAAUACGCUGCACAGUAAAUUGUCGAAAACGUUUUCGCACGCGGAGAAAGAAAUUUUCCUACGUGCCCGGCAAUAAUCGAUAUUAAAGUAACGAAUCAUCGCCAUAACGCCUACCGAACAAACACGCGAAUCGGUUUAUAAUUAUACUUAAUAUUCAACAUCGAUACAUUUUCGAAAAACUAAACAUAAUAUAGGUAAUGUUUUUUAUAGACUCUAAGUGCAAUGAAGAACGUAUCGGUUUUACAAAGAUGUUAAUUUUUUCUUACAUAAACACUUUUUCUACCAGAAAGCUUACUCCGGUGUGUGUGGUGUAGACGUUUUUCCGAAAGGAGAUUUUCUUGAGGUUGGUACUUUGGGGGGGAGGGGGGCGGGUCGUUUUCCGAUUUUCUCGGGAUUUUUCUCAUCGAAUGUGAAAAACCAGGAAAAAUGGAAAAAUCGGUACAAUAUUAAACGAAUGUCAUUAAAGAAAAUUUAUAAUGCACCGUGUUUAAUCAUUUUACCACAAUAUGGCGUGUAUACUGUUGUUAAAGCAUCACUAUAAACCGAUAUACGUACGAUUCCCCUCUAUAUCCUACCCUCCCGACGUCUCGCCUACAACAGUCACCCACCCGUCGUACGGAGUAUGUGUCCGUAUUUCUAUCCGUGUAUACUCUUAUUGUUCCGGUACAUUAUUUCGUAUUGAUUCAUUGUCCGACGAUGGCCUACGGCCGAAACAUGUCGUAAAAUAAUAAUAAAAAAAAAUACGACAGCAAUACUCGCGGCUUAUACACUUUAAUUCGUUUUCGUAACAACGCAAGUCGAUUUUUUUGUUUAAACGCGGAAACGUGGCAUUUAUAAAAAAACGGCGUACGGUACCGGGGCCGAUCGCGAGGGGCGAAUACGAUGACUCGCGAGCUGGCGGAGAUGCACUCCUACCUCCCCGUUAUUAUACGUCACCUGUACAUCUAUACGUUACGGUGCUCGUGUCCGGCGCAGCGAUUUUCCGGAAACGUAUUUCCCGCGGAUUUUUUUUUUCUCCGAUAAUACCUCCUUAGUCGUUAUUAUUGCGCGCUCUGCCGAUUGACGUUUCCGGCGGGAUAUAAUAUCGCGACUGUCGAACGAAAAAACGACAGACAAACAAAUACCUCUAUAACAUAUGUAAUUUAUUCGUUCUCGCAUACAUACAUAAAAUAUGCAUAAUACAAUAACGCCGCGACGUCGCAUCGGUCCUUCGCGUUUGCCGGUAUCAUUGUAAUGGUUUAUUAAAAAAUACGCUCCGAAUAUGAAAAAAAAAAAAAAUAUUUCAUUACGAUAUACGAUCGAAUAAAUUAUACGCGAACCGCGAGGGAAAUUAUUGCGGCCGGACCCGUGUCCUCGAAAGUCGGCGUAUACGUACAACAUUAUGCGUUUUAACGUGACAAGUGCGGCGAAAUAACAUCGUGUAUCACGGACGCAAUACGCGGGUAGAGCGUAUGCUGUUUUCAUUUUUCUACGUGUAUCCGCCUACAAUGUAAUAUGUUUGUUUUCGUCGCGUUAAUAUUAUAUGCAAACCGACGGCAUUACACGCAGUGUGUGCACGUAGAAAAAUCGCACAAAAACCGACCCGGCGCGCGCUUUUGUUUAUUUAUUUUCAAUUUUUUUUUUUUUUUUUUUUUUUUUUGUAAAAUAACGUGUAUGAAACAAAUCGAACGUCAAUGUCCGAGGUUCGCCGCGAGUCUGCGGCACAAACGAGAGUUAUAUAGUGUUAAAAGUCGAACCCGAUUUUUAACUUUUGGUUUUCGGUCGACCAUAAUUUGUUUCGUUUCGUUUCGUUUUAAACGAACUCGUGGUACGACCAGCCGAUUUCGGAUUGCGCCGCGCCGAGCCGAAUUUAUUAUAAUUUCGUUUGGUUUUGGAAUUUUUUUUUAACGGGACGCCGAUACCGAUGCGCGCGCGCGUACGGGGUGGAAAAUCGUUCGCGUUCAAUAAGCGGAGACGAGUUCGCGCGGCGGUUAACUGCGACGCCGGACCGAACUGACCACGAGCCAUCGAACUCGAUAACGUCAUUACGGCGUUGUCGUGCCCGUGCGGUGUUUCGAUCGUUUUCGUCGGCCGGGUUACAAGCGUAUUGAUCCCGGUGACGGUAAAAUAAAUCGCGGCCCGCGCGUUACAGCGCGAUGAUAAGCUAAUAUAGAUAUUGUGUCGACGUCGCGGUAUAAUCGAUAGCGGGGAGCGGGGGCGCGUACGGGACGGUAGGGGUUGAGGGGAGGGUCGAGAGAGAACGGCCCGUUCGCGCGUCGCGUACGCGCGCGCACGACACGCGCUCCGCAUGCCCGUCAACGUGCGGCGGCGCGACGAUAAAAUAACGCGUUCGACGGCGCGACAGUUCCUGUUCAACGGCAAUCGCGCGGGGUGAGACGUUUACCGCGGCCCGCCGGAGACCGACGUGCGUAACGGCGGUAACGCACGCGUGCACCGUAGCCGACGGAAUGCAAUGCGAUUCGUCCGGGGACGUGCCGGUUUCCGCGCGUAAAACGCGCCGUACCGUCGGAAUUCGUCGAGUACACACGAAACGUGCGACAUUUAAUUUGCGAUUCGAAAACCGCUUACGGGCGCGUGCCCGUACCCGUGCGCUGUUACACACACACACACACACACACACACACUGACCGCCACGUGUUUUUUUAUUGAAUUCACGCGAAAGAUCGAAAGAGUGCGGUGAUUUUACCUGCAAAACCAAAUUGAACGACAAGAACGAAGAGCGAAAUGCGUACACAUUGUCCCGAAUUUGAACAUAAACGGCCGAAAAAUUGUGUUUACGAGUGAAAAGCCGUCCCGGGAUAAUGGGGGCGGGUGCAGCGUUACAGGUGAGCGAUCGGGAAUGUAUAGUAGAGGGAAAAUGUAAUGUGUACCUGUAAGCACCGAUAACGAAAAACGAUCCCGGGCGGAGUUCGGUCGAUAGUGCAGCUUCGCCGACAAUACGUAUAUACGUAUAUGUCAUGCGGCGGUAAAACAAUAGCGUGUGUAUUAUGUGUUUUCAUUGAUAAUUGUCCGUUUAAUACCGUACCUACUCUCCUGUUUUUCCCAAGUUUUCCCGCGGUUUUUCGAAUUGAUUGGGAAACCGUCCCUUUUAGAAAAUGCGCCAUCACUGUAAAUCGGAACGAAAUCCCGAGUAGAAAAGUUGUCCGCGGAAAAAAAAAUAAAACAAACAUUGUAAAAUCAGUGUAUUCUUCGCUUCGCUCAGACUCUAAAAUCUAAACGAAACGUAACAAAUGUAUAAUAUUCGAUAUUAUCAGCUGUUGUUAUUAUAACAUAGUAAUGUUUUACGGUUGAAGGGCAUAUCGGGUAUGAAAAAUCAAUAGAAGACAAUUUAUACUACACUCAACAGACAUUCAACUCGGAAGAGCGUUAAAGCCGUAAACAUUUCUGUCGGAAGACAUUGAAAAUGUAGGACGCGAACGGGAAAAGUAUUGGGGCACGUGGAUUGGAACGAGACUUAAAAGUUGAGAGACGUUACGCGACGUGACUCGUACGCAAAAUUAACAUCAAAAUAACGAUACAUUAAGGGAUCCGUGUCAAAAACUGCAAUGAUUCGAGUUCGACUCGACGUUACUGUUGUUGUUAUAAAAUGUAAAUGAUAUUUAAGUGGCGUUUAAUAUUGAAAAAAAAACACCGAGCCCGUAAUAUUAUGAAUUAUUGUUAUUAUUAUUGUUGUCGUUGUUGUUACUAUCAUUGCGUACGGAUAUUCAAAACCGUAGUGCAGUCUUGACGAUUAUAUUCGCGACCUUGGAAUAUUGAAAUUACGCCGCGAUAUCCAUUUACCAUAUUUUAUUGCGGUCACCGUUCGUAUAAUUAUAAUAUACGAGUAUAUUAUUAUACGCGUGUGAUCAUGUCGUGCACGUUGCGGGCUGUACUUGUGUAUAAUAUAAUUAGUUUAAUAAUUAUUAUUAUUAUAAUUUUGUAAAUUUUCGGAUAAAAUGUUCCGAGGUUUAGACACCGAGCGAAACGAGGAUGUAUGGGGGUGUCUUACAAUGAUAUUUAUUAUUUUUUAAUCUGUAAAAAACAUUUUUACCAGAAACGUCCGCUCCGGUUUUCAAGUGUAGUGCCUUUUCUAAAAGGCGAUUUUACCCGGGCGGUAAUUAAACGAGGUUAAUUUUUGGACUUUCCAAACGGUUUUCGUAAUAAUCGCGAAAACCCAGGUAAAAACUUACGGAAAUGUACUUAUACGAAAUGUUUUAUUUUCGGUUUUGUUUUUUUUUAUAGCAGAUUCAGUUGGAAAUAUUCGUAGAGACUAGAAAUUCGGAUGCAAAACUAAAAAAAAAAAAAAGAUAUAAAUCGAGAAAGUCUGUAUUUUACUAGUAAAGUUAAAAAUAUUUAAAUCCAUUUAUAAAAAAAAAAAUAGAUAAUAUGAAUAAAAUAAUUUUAACUUUUAUGAAAUAUAAAAUAAAUAUCUGUAUUUUAAUUAGUAAGACGUGUAAUGAAUGACGUUGUUGACCCGAGUGCAGUUCGGUACAAUCUAUAACAAAUAAUACACGAUUUUCUUAAACAGGAGCUUAAAAAGGAAGUUCAGGACCUAAAAAAGAGUUUAACGGAAGUCGGAAGUUUAACCGAAGUAAAAAAUGGUUUAGAAUUGGCAUUUUAUUCCGAUGAUAUACGUGUCUCGGAAAACGCUCCAUGGUUUGGUCAGUGUAUACGAAUAAAUAUUUUUUACAGUUCUUAAAUAUUUAAAAUUUAUGUGGCUAUAAUAGAGUUUUUUUUUUUUUUUUAAGAAUCCUGUCUUAAAAUUGUACAAGACGCACUUACUAUGUUGAACAAUCCACAGUUCUAUUCAAUUAGUUUUUCACUCGGUACGCCAUUUAAUUAAAUUUUAACUGUAUUUGAUUUCUAACAAAUAGUUUUCUUUUUUUAAGAUCGCGUGUUUUCAUUUAAAGAAAAUAUUAUUAACAGUAUUUCAUCUGAACCAAUAGAUAUUAUUGGGUUCACCCAUAAUGUCACUAUAUUCAUAAGUCUUGCAGUGUCCAGUAAAGUGUCCGAUACUCAAAGUGAAAAAUUAAUUAUAUUUCAUAAAGUGUUUAAUAGCCAUUUUAUUCAUAAUUUAUAAUUAAUUUUCUUUAAAAUAUAUUUAGAAUUGCUUAAGAAGCGUACAGAAGUAGGAAAGAUAGCUAUUCAAAUUCUGAAAGCUUGGAACGCAGAAAAAAAUGCGAAUGAAUACAUCAAAAGACUAGUAAAUACUGUUAACCACAUAGAGUCUAUUGUUGCAUUGGAAGAAAACGGAUCAUUAAAUGUAAACGGUGAGUUUAUUAACGAACGCAUAGAUGGUUUUAUGAAUGAAUCUUCUACAGAAUAG